AUGAUUCGUCUAGCUCAAAGCAAAUCAGUGGCACGCUUCUCUGGAGCUCUUUGGGGACCUAUCCACGAAAGACCAAUUGUUGACAGAGUGAUGUCUACUUCAUAAUGGCCAGUCCCAUACUAUUAAAGAAUCUUUAAGGCAUAUCCUGUUAGAUAAAAUAAAUAAACCUGGGCAAUGAAUUUAGCUGGAGCAGAAAUUCAUGAUAUCAAUUGGUAUUGCGCAAAGCAAGCUUUAAGCAGAACUCUUAAAGGAAGAUAAGCGGUGGAAUAUGUAGAGAAUAAUAUUCCAACUUAAAGCUAUAUUGUUAUUCAAAAGGAUGUUUCAAGAAUGGCAAAAGCAUAUGUUAGUGAUUUAAGUCUUUUCUUAAGUGUGGCAAAUAAGGAAAGCAAAGUCAUAUUAGACUCUGUUGAAUUGAUUUGAAAUGAAGAGAAAUAUAUUUUAUAAAUAUGCAUUUACAAAUUCACAUGAAUAAAUAAAA